AGGAGUGAGCUGCUGCACGAGAGAGGAAGAGAGGAGGCAAUUCCGCGUAACACAAAGGGACUCGCGAUAAGCGGACAGUUACUGACGUGCACGCACAACACAGGCGCUGGGGGUCUUUUGUGAAGAGGAACCGCGUCGUCCAGUCGGAAAGAUCCGGUUUACGAAGAGUUAAGACUCGAGAUCCCAAACUGUUUAUUUCUGCAGCUAGCAGGGCUAGCUGGCUCGAUACCCAGGAGCUAGAAAUGGGAAGCCCGUGUGAGUUUGCCUGAUAGCGAUCUUCGUCGAGCUUUUUUUUUUUUUUUUUUUUUUUGAAGAAGAAGCGGUUUCCGCUCCGCAUGCUGUCGGCGGUGAUUUGAAGUAUCAGCCGCAACUUUAAAGAAUGAUCUCGACGGAGCGCUAAGCGUUACACUACUACCGACCCGGAGAGGAGGAAAGUCACACAGGCCUGCUGGCUCGAGGUUGCACACAAAACACCAGGAAGGGAGAACAUGACUCACUGGCCCCUACCAGAGACUGGCACGGGGCAGCUGUGCCAACCUCGCCCCUGCCUGCCGCUUUAGAAGCAUCCCCGGUACACCAUGACGGAGAGGCAUUGAGGUUUGCUCCCUGACGACCGUCUCAAUACCUCUCCUCCUCCUCCUCCUCCUCCUCCCUAUCCCCUCAACAACCCCGUCCCCCCCGCCCUGCCCCGUCCCCAUCAUGCUGCGCUUCCUGCCUCUCAAACUUGGCCGCCUGUACCGCUGUCUGAAGCUCUUGUUGGUCGUGGGGCUGUUUGUCAUCUUGUUGAUGAACACCCACAACCUGUUCGCCUCCUUCCAGAAGAAUGAGCUCACCGACAGACGCUUCAUCAACCUCAACAAGUGUCCCGCCUGCUUUGGCACCAGCUGGUGCCGCAAGUUCAUGAACGGCCAGGUUUCCUUCGAGACCUGGGGUCGCCUGCGAUUCCUAGACGUCUUCAACGUCAAGAACGUUUACUUCGCUCAGUACGGGGAGCCCAGAGAGGGCACCCGCCGCGUGGUGCUCAAAAGGCUCGGCUCCAACCAGGAGCUGGCGGAGAUAGACCAGAAGAUCUGCAAGCGGGCCACUGGCAGGCCCCGCUGUGACCUCAUCCAGGCAAUGUACAAGACCGAAUUUGCCCGGAUCAACGGCGACGUCCGUCUGCUCACUCCGGAGGUGGUGGAGGGCUGGUCGGACCUGGUGCACUGCCCCUCUCAGAGGCUGCUGGACCGCGUGGUCCGCAGGUAUGCUGAGACCAAAGACUCGGGCAGCUUCCUGCUGAAGAACCUCAAAGACACGGAGAGAAUGCAGCUGCUCAUGACUUUGGCAUUCAACCCGGAACCACUCGUACUACAGAGCUUUCCAUCAGAUGAAGGGUGGCCGUUCGCCAAGUACCUGGGAGCGUGUGGGCGCAUGGUAGCUGUCAACUAUGUGGGCGAGGAGCUGUGGAGCUUCUACAACGCGCCCUGGGAGAAGAGGGUAGACUUGGCACGCCAGCUCAUGGACAUCGCCGAGCAGCUCACCAACAACGACUUUGAGUUCGCCCUCUACCUGCUCGACGUCAGCUUCGAUAACUUCGCGGUCGGCCCGCGCGACGGGAAGGUCAUCGUUGUUGACGCCGAGAACGUCCUCGUGGCAGACAAAAGGCUGAUCAAGCAGAACAAGCCGGAAAGCUACGAUGUGUGGUAUGAGAGCCGGUUCGAGGAGUGCGACCGGGAGGCCUGCCUGUCUUUCUCCAAGGACUCCCUGUGCUCCAGGGUGACGGUGGACCACAACUACUACGCCGUGUGCCAGAACCUGCUGUCGCGGUACGCUACAUGGCGGGGCACCACCGGAGGCCUCCUCCACGACCCCCCUGCCCAUAUAGCCAAAGACGGACAACUCGUGACCCUGUUGGACGAGUGCACCAGACCCCAAAAGCGCUACGGUCGUUUCCAGGCGGCCAAGGAACUGCGUGAAUACCUCACACAGCUAGCCGCCGCGUCCUCCUCUGCCACGGCCAGGUAAUGAAUGGAGUCGGCGUUAGCCCGGACGCACUGAGAGACUGGAUCCUGUACUCUUUAUCUUCCGGAACUCUCGAGACCCCGGUUCUUGUACAUGAUGUCAUUCGCUCCUCUUUGCCCGCCCCGGAGCAGGAAGGUGUUCGAGGUCUUGCAUCAGGAAGUGUAAGAAUCCAAACCUCAAGGCAGAUUUGUUAAAGCUCCAGCUUUUAACCUGUCUUUGCUCCUGUGAGAAAGAGGAGCGUGGCGCUGAGAGAUUCUGGUUAGAGCCGGGAUAGAGAGGGGAUAGAGGUAACCUCUCCUCUCCCAGGGUGGGCUGCCAUCCUUUGGGGGUGGGGUGGGGGAGAAAGGGCUCAGGUAAACGCCUCCUGCACUGGACUCGGGCUACUGCAAACCAGAGCAUCCAAGCAACAAGAGCAGCAACAUCGCACGGCCCUGACCCCAUCCAUCCUCCUCAAUCCAUCACAACUGUUUUUGUUUGAUAACAUUAAAUCUUAACACCCGUUUCAUUUUGCCCCCAGGAUUUCUUGUUUUAUUUCAUUCAGGGCUGAAUUCAAGUACAUUGGUGCGUUUACAUUUUUUGCUGUGCCACGGCGUUUCCUUUCUCUGUAGCAUGGCUGCAGGGAAGGCGGAGGUUGCAUGAAUCUCCUACUGUCAGUUGGCAGGGAAGGCCGAGCUACAGCAGGUAGAGAGGAGAGGCGGGGGGGGGGGUUGGUUUACAUGCAGGAGGAAAAGAUAACCCUUGACGGCUAUAGAAGUCUAAUUUCCUGCUACUCCAGUCAAUCACUUGAUUUCCAGGAUUGUGGCAAUCAUCUCUUGUGUGUGUGUGUGUGUGUGUGUGUGUGUGUGUGUGUGUGUGUGUGUGUGUGUGUGUGUGUGUUUUUUUUCCUCUUUUCAAUUGGAGUGAAACAGCUGCACAUAGGAAAAGGAAUAAUUGGACAGUGGUGGUCCCUUGAUGCAGAUGUGCCUAUACCAAAGAGGCUAUAUGUAAUAUUAAGUACCAUGAGCAGUACAGAGUGACGGCACCUUUCCCUCCAGUUGUUCCCCAGUAGAGCUGUCCAAAGGAACCGUAAUGUGUACACAAUCCUAUCCGAGCCGACAGGCCUGCAUUCUGAUUUAUCUUUUUCAAUAAGAGCUUAAUCCAGAUGUAUAGGAGUCUACGAUUGGGCAUACGUAAUGUCACAUGACCCCCCUGUGCUUUAACCUUUCCAUACCAUUGAUGGAUGAUGGUCAGAUUGACCGAGGGAUUCUUUUCUUCGACAACAUAAAGAAAUGAAAGGAGGAAAAGAAGUGAUUCUUUAGAGGACUAGAAAACACAAUAAAGCAGCGUAGUAGUGGCCUCCAGUGCCAAAUUCUCUUUAAAUGUCUGUAAUUGAUAAAUGAAUCCUUUCCUCAAACUUCUCCCGCUAGUGCUGAGCGCAGUAAGCUCCAUUAAGUAAAUGUUAAGGAAGGGAAUGAAGAUAUCCUAAAUUACUUCCUCGCUCCAGAAAAACAGCUUUUGACCUGUACUUUUGAAUUUAGCAGCCCAGAUAUUUCUGUUGAAUAUUUAAACACUCGGCGGACCAACGAAUUAAAAGCAUAAUCACAAAUGCAGCCUCGUUUGGUUAUGGAUUAUGAGAGAUCUUAACUCAAAUAACAUCCAAAAACAAAAAACCCCUCUUUGGCUGCACGUGUUUAGUACUUUCAUCUUGUCUUGAUGUCGUGAAGCAGACCCUAAAUGCCCAGUGGAGUGUUUGUGUAGCACGGUCAACAGACAGCCCAGAAAGUUAAGUAAAUAUGAGCUGCUCCGUGUACAGGGAAAGUAGAAGGCACAGCAGUUGCUUCUGCAAAGACCCGGGGAGCUGACGAGAUCCCCGUCGGUUAGGAAAAGCAAUAAAGAGAAGUUUGGCUUAUGGAUUUCCGGCUUCCUUUUGUUGUGUCUGAUAUAUAUAUAUUUCUGUUUCCCCCGUACGGAGGACGUUGAACCUGGAGGGAUUUGUACGUGCGUAACUAACUGUCCACUUUUGUACUGUCAUUUUCUUUUGAGUAUAUCGGCAUUGUCUGAUUGAUCUGUUUUUUUUCCUGUGCCUUUUCAUUCAAAAGUUGUAUUUACAACUUUUAGUGGGUUUAAAUAUUCAAAUAAAUGAUCUAUAUAGAUAUAUACACAUAUGCUCUGUGUGGACUCUUCUUGAUUCUGUCUCAAUCUUUUUAUUAUUUCCAAUUUAACUUCGGGGCCGUUUGGCUCUGGUUCAUGUUGCCUUUAACAUUUGAUUCAGUGCGGCACAGCUGGAUGUCGGUGUUUGCCAAUUCCUAUUCCUCUUUUCUCAUUCCUCCUCGGUUUUGAUCUUUUCGUAUCUUCAUCUUUCCUCUAAUUUGGAUCCUAGCCCGAGUUCCCUUUGUUGUGCUCUCCACUCAACUAGCAUGAGUCCUUCUCUUUUAUCCAUAUUUGGGGAGAUCAUUUUUCCAUCGCUCUACUGUGGCUGCAUUGAAUUUUAGAAGCAUAAUGUUCAGAGGAGCUGUAAUUGUUUAAAAAGAGAAAUAAAAACACGACAAGCAGUAUUUGUAAGCAAUACAAAAAUACUCGUAACCACUUUUAUUUUUUGACUCUGCUCUAAACUCUUUUCCUUCUCAUUAUUUGGUGUGUGUGUGUGUGGUAUUUUUUGGUGUGUGUGGAGUGUGGUCUUUGCUAAUUCAAUAGCUCUUCUGUCCCUCUCUGUGUGUCUUGAGCCAGCUCAUGCUCGUAGCAGAAAAGCCCACAGUGGAACAAAGUAGUACUCGAGCCAGAACCAAAAUUAGAAGCUACAUGAUUGACACUCUCUGCCUCUCUUUCUCUCUCGCUCUUUUUUUUGUCCUCUGUUUCUCUCCAUGGUCAUUUAUCCACCUCUUCCCUUCUCUUUCUCCUCUGUAAUUGUGCUUCUCUUUGACACACCCGCUGGUUUGUGUGGAUAGUUGAUGUCACACUCAUUGUGGUGAAGUGCUGUUUAGCCCUCUGUGCUGUAGCUACACUUAGUCCAGCUGAUGAAUGGCCCUGGGGUUGGCCGGCUUUAAGAAAACACCACAGAAAAAAGGAAUGGGGCACCAGGCGCUCCGCUGCGGCCCUCCGAGUUUAAAUAAACAUGAGGCCAUUUCAAGGGACAACCACCAGGGAGUUUCUGCAUUGGAAAUGGAGAUGUAGGAGGUGGGAAAUAAAAAAAAAAUGAGACCAUAUGCUUGUGGAGGAAGAGCAUCGGGAAGUGUGUAAACUCCAAACUACAGCAAAUAGAACCCCAGAAAUGUCCUUCCUGCAUUUUCCAAUGUGCUGCAAGUGAGCAUGCCUCCGUACAUUGCAGUCUAAAGUUGUCAAAGCUACAAUGGUGGCGAGAGCAGCUUAUUUCUGGGUAUUGUGUGCGGCUUUGCAGCCACUACCCGAAGGAAGAGGGGAUAUUGUAAUGUGUCUGCAACUGGUUGAGGGGACAGUUGGCAUUAUAAACAGGUAGGGAUAUAAUUGUGCUGUCUCUCACGUGACUACCUUUGCACAUCGGGCCACUUCGCAAAUCCGAAGCGUUUGGAAAUCCACCCCUGAAUUCCUGCUUAUCGGCGUGGAGGAAGUCCUGAAAAGGCAGAGGUGGAAAGCAUCGUAAAAAUGUUUCGCAACCAUAUUAUCUAAAUCUCUACAGGACUUUAGCCUCGCGUGUCAUAUUCCAAAACCUGGAAAACUGCUGAUAUCUUAUUCAGGUCAUAAAGUGAAAGGGGGGAGGGGAGAUAGAGAACUGCCAUAUGUUCAAUUACAGCAACAAAAGGGGAUGAAAAAUAAACGAUG